AUACUGAUCAGCUGAUAAUGAUGUAAUUAUGUAUUUGCGCAUAAUCCAGUUUGUGAAAGGUGCUUUUAGAAAAAUUCCUCCAGCACCUUCGGUUGUGAGAGAAUUUGGCCAAAGUUAUAGAUCAAACAGUAGCUCAUACCACGCAUUUGUUGAAAUGGAUAAGAUUACGGCACUAAGGUAUGAGCGUUUGCCUGAGGAUUCACCUUAUGUAAAACCCUUUCGAAUGUACUAUACGCAGAAUGGUGAAGAAAAGAGUUGGGACUUGCUGAAAGUGCACGAUUCCGUUGCUAUUAUUAUUUACAAUUCAACAACGCAGAAUUUGUUGCUCGUGAAGCAAUUUAGGCCAGCGGUUUAUCAUGGGGUUAUUAGUUCGGCUGAAGGAACUAAUCCGACGACCAUUGAUCUGGAGAAGUAUCCACCGCAGUUGGGGAUAACAGUUGAGCUUUGUGCUGGAAUUGUGGAUAAGAGUAAGCCCUUGGUUGAGAUAGCCAGGGAGGAAGUGUUAGAGGAAGUUGGAUACAAUGUUCCAGUUGAUAGAAUAGAAACUGUCUUGACUUAUCGGUCAGGCGUUGGUGCUACUGGGGCUCAACAGACCCUCUACUACUGUGAAGUAACAAAUGCUGAUAAGGUCAAUUCCGGAGGUGGUGUUGACGGAGAGAUUAUCGACGUAGUCGAAUUAAAUUUAAAUGAUGCUAGGAAUCUUCUAACUCAAGGAUCUGUUGUUACAAGUCCUCCAAGUUGCCUUUUAGGAAUCCUCUGGUUCCUCACGAACAAAGCUCCUAAACCCUAAAAGAGCUAAUUAAAAGACAUAUUAGAUUAAUUGACAACCUUUUACCCAAAGCAGUAAUUAGAAGGGGGAUUUAGAAAUUUAUAUAUUUUUUUGUGGGAACAUUUAUUUAAAACACUAGUCCACUUGUGUUUUCUUCAAUGCGACAAACACGUUCUAACGAUUACAUUUAAUCAGAAAUUGAUUUUGUUUAUUUUUUUUUAAUAGUUAACACGUUACUUUGUAGAAUUAUUCUUUUGUUUUUGAAACAUAGACUUGAAUAAAAAGAACGUUUCGAAAUUCCGUUAGUGAAAUAAAUUAAUAUCUUAUGAAACGUUUUUCCUAAUAAAAAAACAAAAAAUUAUACAAUAAAUAUUGGUAAAUGAGAAGACUCUUUUUUCUAACUCUUAAUAAAUAAAUUUGAAAAAUAAAAUGUGGCACAACUA